UCCAGGUUGAGGCUUGUCAUUUGCAGGGACAUCCCCCUUAUCACUGGGGAAUCAUUCAGCGGGCUCUAACGGCAAACCAAACUCUGGACGCUUCUCCAGAAAUCCUGAAACUGACAUAGUAAACAAAAACAAAACAUGGCUCACCUUAUUACAUUUCUUUGGAUAGUUUUGGUCUUGCUGUUGCAACAUUCUGUACUAGCCGAAGAUGGGGAAAUAAGAUCAAGUUGUCGUACUGCUCCAACAGACUUAGUUUUCAUCUUAGAUGGCUCUUACAGUGUUGGCCCAGAAAACUUUGAAAUAGUGAAAAAGUGGCUUGUUAAUAUAACAAAAAACUUUGACAUAGGACCAAAGUUUAUACAGGUUGGAGUGGUCCAAUAUAGUGACUAUCCUAUACUGGAAAUUCCCCUUGGAAGUCAUGAUUCUGCAGAGAGUUUGCUGGCAGCCAUGGAAUCUAUUCACUACUUAGGAGGAAACACCAGAACCGGAAAGGCCAUCCAGUUUGCACUUGAUUACCUCUUUGCCAAAUCCUCACGGUUUCUGACUAAGAUAGCUGUGGUCCUCACAGAUGGUAAAUCUCAAGAUGAAGUCAAGGAGGCAGCAGAAGCUGCAAGAGACAAUAAAAUAACAUUAUUUGCUAUUGGCGUUGGUGCAGAAACAGAAGAAGCAGAGCUCAGGGCUAUUGCCAACAAGCCUUCAUCUACUUACGUGUUUUAUGUGGAAGACUAUAUUGCAAUAUCCAAAAUAAGGGAAGUGAUGAAACAAAAGCUUUGUGAAGAAUCUGUCUGUCCAACAAGAAUUCCAGUGGCAGCUCGUGAUGAAAAGGGAUUUGAUGUUCUUUUAGGCUUGGGGGUUAAGAAAAAGGUUAAGAAAAGAAUCCAGCUUUCACCAACAAAAAUAAAAGGAUAUGAAGUAACAUCAAGUGUUGAUUUAUCAGAAUACACAAGCAAUGUUUUCCCAGAAGGUCUUCCUCCUUCAUAUGUAUUUGUCUCCACUCAAAGAUUUAAGGUCAAGAAAGUUUGGGAUUUGUGGAGAAUUUUAACAAUUGAUGGAAGACCACAAAUAGCAGUUACCUUGAAUGGUGUGGAUAAAACUUUACUAUUUACAACAACCAGUAUAAUUAAUGGCUCACAAAUAGUCACUUUUGCUGAUCCACGAGUUAAGGCAUUAUUUGAUGAAAAUUGGCAUCAGAUUCGUCUUUUAGUAACAGAAGGGGAUGUUACUUUAUAUAUUGAUGAUCAACAAAUUGAAAACAAGGCCUUACAUCCAGCUUUAGGGAUCUUUAUCAGCGGGCAAACACAAAUCGGAAAAUACUCUGGGAAAGAAGAAACUGUUCAGUUUGAUGUCCAAAAGUUGCGCAUCUACUGUGAUCCAGAACAGAACAACAGGGAGACAGCAUGUGAGAUUCCUGGAUUUAAUGGUGAGUGCCUCAAUGGUCCAAGUGAUGUAGGUUCAACUCCAGCUCCCUGUAUUUGUCCUCCCGGAAAACCAGGACAACAAGGUCCCAAAGGUGAUCCUGGACAGCCUGGGAACCCUGGCUACCCUGGACAACCUGGUCAAGAUGGUAAGCCUGGAUAUCAAGGAAUCUCAGGAUCACCAGGUGUUCCAGGAUCUCCAGGGAUACAAGGAGCUCGAGGACUACCUGGGUACAAAGGAGAACCAGGGAGAGAUGGUGAAAAGGGUGACCGUGGACUUCCUGGUUUUCCUGGGCUUCAUGGAAUGCCAGGAUCAAAGGGAGAAAUAGGCCACAAAGGAGAUAAAGGAUCACCUGGAUUUUAUGGCAAAAAGGGUGCAAAAGGUGAAAAGGGUAAUGCUGGUUUUCCUGGCCUUCCUGGACCUACUGGACAACAAGGAAGAGAUGGAAAGGAUGGAUUGAUGGGUAGUCCUGGUUACAAGUACAUCCAGGAGCCUAGUUCCAGUAAAUCGUCAGAUCCAGAUGAAUAUAUUUUUCUCACUAGAGAGCAAAGGAUCGGGAUGCCAAAUAAAGUGGGAGGGGAUUAUUUUAUAUUGGAUGAGGGAAACUUGUUUUACUGUAAAAAACAAAGAAUAUCUGGGUACAAAUGCAGAGAGGAGCAGUUGUCAGGCGACAGGAACUGUUUCCUGCUGGUAGCCAAAGGACCAUUUCAGCCCCCUUGGAAAGUCACCAUUAGUGUUAAAUAUUCCAGUUCCCCUCCCACAACUGCCCUAAUAUUGUUAACCCAGGGAGAAAUUGGACCUGUAGGACCAAUAGGAAAAAAAGGAGCUCCAGGGAUACCUGGCUUAAUGGGAAGUGAUGGUUUGCCAGGUCAUCCUGGAAUGCCAGGACCUAAGGGAAGUAAAGGUGAGCCUGGACAUCAAGGGAUUCCUGGUACCUCUGGGCUCAAGGGAGACAAAGGAGCAAUGGGCACACCUGGAGAACCAGGAUACCUGGGUUUACCUGGGAUUCAAGGAAAAAGGGGGGACAAAGGAAGUCAAGGAGAAAAAGGCAUUCAGGGUCAAAAGGGAGAAAAUGGAAGACAAGGGAUUCCUGGACAGCAGGGAAUUCAAGGCCAUCAUGGUGCAAAAGGAGAGAGAGGUGAAAAGGGAGAACCUGGUGUCAGAGGUGCCACUGGACCUAAAGGAGAAUCUGGGGUGAAUGGUCUGAUGGGACCCAUAGGUCCCCAGGGACCGCCUGGGGAAACAGGGCCUCAGGGACCUCCAGGAUUGGAUGGGAAACCUGGGAGAGAAUUUUCAGAACAGUUUAUUCGACAAGUUUGCUCGGAUGUAUUAAGAGCCCAAUUGCCAGUCUUACUUCAGAGUGGAAGAAUUCAAAAUUGUGAUCAUUGCCAGUCCCAACGUGGUUCCCCUGGUAUGCCUGGGCCACCAGGUCCCAUGGGGCCAGAAGGACCCCGAGGAUUUCCUGGCUUGCCUGGGAGAGAUGGUGUUCCUGGAUUGAUGGGCGCUCCUGGACGUCCAGGUGCCAGAGGAUUAAAAGGCCUACCAGGAAGAAAUGGGGCCAAGGGGAGUCAAGGAUUUGGGUAUCCUGGAGAACAAGGUCCGCCCGGCCCCCCAGGUCCAGAGGGUCCUCCUGGAAUAAGCAAGGAAGGUCCUCGAGGAGACCCUGGUCUCCCUGGCAAGGAUGGAAGUCAUGGAAAAGCUGGAAUCCAAGGGCAACCAGGCCCUCCUGGCAUCUGCGAUCCCUCACUGUGUUUUAGUGUAAUUGCUGGAAGAGAUCCAUUUAGAAAAGGACCAAACUAUUAGUCUCUGAUGCCUCACUCAGCCUGGGCAUGGUGCUUUUCUCUGUGGUCUUUUGCAUCUCAGGAAGAUAGCCAACAGUAAUCCCUUGAAAAAACUAAAGUACCUCGGUGUUUGUAUUAUUAUUAUUUCCUUAAAGAAAAAUAUAAAGGUCACAUAUACUGAUUUUAAAGGGUUCUCAGUAAUGUGGAGCCUUCAGAUUAGUUACAUUAAAUCUCAAGGGUUUCUUGAAAGUCCAUUAGUUUUGGUCGAAGUUGAAUAUUAAAGAAUCCCACCACUGUCUGUUAGCCAGUCCAUUUUUGUCACUGUGAAAUAGUUCACAUUCAUCUUCCAUGAAUCCUCCAGAGUAUUUGAGUUCACCUUUGCGUCUAUGUGUAUUUCAUGUUUAAUAUCUCAUAGCUCAUGCUUCUACAUUAGUCAAAAUAUAUCUAUUGGAAAUAAGGGUAGGGCUGAUAUGCAGCAGCCACAGGUCAUAUUGCCAUGUUCGUCAUCAUGCGGCAUCUGUGCUUAGCAGAUAUGGGCAGUCAACUGCCGGUUCGUCAGUGUUUUGAAUAUCACCUGUGAAUAAGACCUGUAUGUUUAUUAUUUCAUUGUAAGUUCUAAAAUUUGUUGAAUGAUGAUGCUAAGAUAGUGUGUUAAUUAUAUUGGGAAUGGUCAAAACUAUCUAACAUUAACAUUUUAAAACAAGAAAUAUUUCACAACACAGUCAAUAUGUUCAAGAAAAAUGCUUGCUCAGAAAUACUAAAAAGACUUGGUUCUUCAAUCUUGUUGAGAAAUUGGAAUGUUAUAUGACUCUGUAUUUCAUUUCACUUAUACGUGUAUGUUUUUAUAUGUUAACUUUGGUUGUAACAAGCUAAAGGGAAUAAAUACUCCAGUUGAAAGGAAAGGUAGCUCCACAGAUCCUAGUAUGUCUUGAUUUUUUUUUUUUUUACAGUCUUUGAAAUGCUCUGAACAGUCUUGAAGUCCUAUACUUAGUGCUUUAGCAAGA